UUCCCUAACAUCUCCACAGCUUCUGAUCAUUCUGAAGUUGAGGAUGAACAUGGAUUUUCUUACAAAGAAGAAACUAACAAGGGACCAAACAAGUGGAACCAAAUGAACUCAAAUUGGACAACCUGUGGGACUGGAAAAUUACAGUCCCCCAUUGACAUUAUCGAUCGUGCAGUGAAAGUAGUACCGGAUUUAGGAAAACUUGAAAGACAUUAUAAACCUGCACCCGCCGUUGCCAUCAAUAGAGGACAUGAUAUCAUGGUUACAUGGAAAGGAGGAGAUGCUGGAAAAAUUAAGAUAAAUGGGACUGAUUAUAAACUGAUGCAGAGUCACUGGCAUUCACCUUCAGAACACACAGUCAAUGGAAUUAGGUACGAUGCAGAAGUUCACUUUGUUCAUGAAAGCUCUGAUGGUAAAUUAGCAGUUAUUGCAAUUCUUUUCAAAUAUGGUUCACCGGAUCCUUUCCUUUCAGAGCUGCUCCGCCAUAUAAAGCCACUUGAUCCAAAGGAAGAGAAAGAGUUGGGGAUUAUUAAUCCAAGACAACUUAAAUGUGGGAAAAGAUAUUACAGAUACAUUGGCUCAGUCACUGUUCCUCCUUGCACUGAGGGAGUUGUUUGGACAGUUUUCAAGAAGGUGAUAACAAUCUCGAGGGAACAAGUUAGAGCAUUGAAGGCAGCUGUUCAUGAUGGAUUUGAGGACAAUGCAAGGCCAAUCCAGAAACUACAUAGAAGACCGAUCCAAUUAUAUGCUCCCUCACGUAAAUUAUAA